AUGGCGAGGGGAAGGGUACGGGGACGAGGAAGAGGUCGGAAAAUGUCAAUAAUGGCAGUUGGUAGCUCAGUUGGAGCUCAGGCGGAAGCAUCAGAUCAGCAACAAACUCAAAGUGAAGGACAGAAAUGUAAAGAUGAAGUGAAUGAGAGUGUUGAUGUAGCUAGGCGAUUGAGCUUAGAUUCAGUAGUGGAAGACGAGGAAGCUUAUGAGAACUCAGAUCUAAUACAAAAAGCAGCUGAGAACAAGAUGGAAAGCAAUGGAACAGUAGCUAAGAAACAAGAUGGGAAUACUGUAGAUAAUGAGGAUAAGGGGAUAAGAGGAGAAGAAGUGAAUAAGGAGAAAGAACCCUGGGUUAAUAUGUUUAAGAACAACCGUGUAGCUAACAAUGGUAUGCAACUGAACUAUUUCCCUCCACAAAUAGUUAAUGGAGAAACGAUGGUACAGUUGGAAGGGAAAGAAGUGCUGGAUGAAGAAGCUAAGUGGAAGUGUGCACUCAUAGCCUAUGUAGUGGGUGAGUGUCCUGGGUAUAAUGUCAUGAACAGAUACAUAAUGAUGAACUGGUCUAAAGCUGGAAAACCAACACUGUUUCUACAUGAAGAGGGAUACUUCAUUGUUAAGUUUCAGAACAUGGAGGAUAUGAAUGAGAUCCUAUUUUUAGGACCUUACACUAUAAAUAAUAGGCCUAUUAUUGUGAAACAAUGGUGCUCAGAUUUUGAUUUUGGGAAGGAAUUCUUAGCUGAAAUACCAUUAUGGGUUAAUUUUCGAAGGUUACCACUUAAUUGUUGGGGAGUAGGUUCAUUGAGUAGAAUAGCAAGUGCUAUAGGAGUGCCCUUAUUUGCUGAUGAAUGCACUACAAAGCAAAUGAGAAUCUCUUAUGCUAGAAUGUUGAUAGAAGUUGAUGUAACUAAAGCCAUUCCUCAGCAGAUUACAGUAGCAGAUCCUAAUGGAAGAACAUUUUUACAGGAAGUUGUGAUGGAAUGGAAACCACAGUAUUGUGAUAAAUGCCAAAAAAUUGGACACCAAUGUCAAUCAGCAACACUGGAGGAGAUGCCAAAGAAAAAAAAGCCAUGGAAGAAAGUUACACAGACAUGGAAAUACAAAGGACCAAUACAACAGCAGGAGAAGAAAGAUGAAUUCAUGGAGAAGAAUGGGAUAGAAAGUAAGAAUGAAGAGAAGGAGAAUCAAGAGAUAGAGAAAGAAGAGGUGCAGGGUCAUAACCAAACACCUGAGCUCAAUCUGAGGCCUCAGACGGGAUAUAAGCAACUGGAGUUCAGCCUAACAAAUUUCCCUAUACUUACAGCUAUACCAGUUAGAAAUGGAUUUGAGAGUUUAAGGCAUAGUAAACUUGCUUCACUUCCUGUGGAUAGAGGUGGAGAUCCAAAGACCUGUUAA